GUCCCAACUCAGCAUUUACUCGCCGUCUCGUGAUCGAUACCUAAAAUUAAAGACCGGGGAACUUAUAUCCCCGUUUUUGGCCCACGGGAUCAUUAGCAGUCAAUAAUGCCCGCACGCACGCACGCACGCAAGAAAAGGGAAAAGAGAUGCAUACCGUAUCCACAACACAACGGCACGAAUCAUCUAUAUUCGUUUAAUGGUUCAUCCCCCGUCACGUCAAGUGUCAACACUGGAGAAGAAUAAUAAUUUAAAAUAGUUUUGUGAUCUGGAAAUCGGAAUCCGGGCGAUAUUUUGUUUUCGUCAGAUCCUAAUGGUCCCUAAAUUUACUUAUUUUAUCGUCUGGAUUCUGGUGUUUAUUGGUAAGAUUGGGAUCCGCUUCGGAAUUCCCGAUCACGCAAGACGGGAAGUUUGUGAGGUGGACUAUAAAAUUAUAAGAGAUGCUAGUUUCCGGCGGUGUCGAGAAAACCUUUAUCUUUAAAAGCGGUGUUCCUCUCCAGCCCUCAUGAGGUUCCGCAUGAUGGCGAAACUAACGAAGAUCAUGUCUCCUGAGGCGGAGGAACCGGCCCCUACGCAGCCUGUGGCCACCAAACCGAAGCCUCCAAAGCCACCGGGAACCGGGAAAGGUCUCGCCAACAUCAAGAGGCUCCGUAUCCUUUGCCGGGUACGCAGUGUGCUGGGCAGGGAGAUUGCCCCCAGGAAAAAGACGGCCGGGCAGGCGGUGCCCACCGCCAUCACGGCCAAGUUCGAAAAGAAGAAGUCUGUGUACUGGCGCCGUUACGUGAAAAAACCGACAGAGCCCAAGUUUUCGAAAUUACCAGUCGAUCAAGAGCAACCUCGGUCCGACCCCAUUGUGGAGAUCACCCUCACAGCAGACAUGAGGACGACUUCCAACGAGAUCAUCUACGACACGACGACCGGACGUUACCAGGAGGUGAAGAACUGCAUGGCCGUCCUCGACCUCCUCUCUCUGCCCUCCAAGGUCCUGCACAAGGACAACCCGAAGCUCCGCAAGAAUGGGAGUAGCGAGGAUGACGGCGAAGAAGUGGAGAAGGACAACAUCACCCUACUCCUUGAGGAACUGUACGGCGACGUCAUGUCCUCGGAAGACAUAGCCAAAAUCGACACCCAACCCAACCCCUUCAACUUCAGCGAGCGGGUGUCUCAAACACCCCACGGAAAUCUUAGGGAAAAGAGCAUCCAGACCGACCAGGCCCCAGGUACGACCUUCUCCCAAAACAUAGGAGUUCGAGACAUCUACGACGCCUACCAGUGGGACGAGCACCUGGCGAUGCUGAGAGAGAAGGAGAAGCAGAGGGACAAGGACAAACAGAACAACGAGCUAGUUCCUCAGCUGCCCUUGGGUACCCCCGGGGACGCUCCACCACCAGCGCUGGACUCCCCAAGACUAGGCGCAGUGAAACAAAACCCUUUUGAGAACUUACCGGGUCUGCUGGAAGCUGCCAUCGUUGUCGAGAGGAUGCUCAACCAAAACCUCUACGAUGAAGUGACGCAGGACUUCAAAUACUGGGACGACGGAAGCGACGAGUUCAAGCCCUUGGAAGGAUCUCUCCUGCCCCUCUGGAGGUUCACGAUGGAAAACUUCAGGUCCUUCACCGUCACCGAGGUCUGCUGGAGUCCUACGUAUCCUGAUCUGUUCGCUGCGUCUUACGUGGCAGGCGGCGUGAACGGACAGGACGAAGGCAACGGCCUCGUCUGCAUCUUCAGCCUCAAGAGCCCGAACAACCCCGAACGAGUCUUCCCGGCCCCCUGCGGAGUCACCUGUGUUCAUUUCCACCCUCAGCACUGCAACCUGGUUGCUGCCGGGUGGAGCGACGGAAGUGUAGUGGUAUACGAUGCCAAGUCGCCGUACCCGAGGGCACUUCAAUCGAACGCCGUUUCUGGGAAACACAUCCUUCCUGUCACUCAGGUACGGUGGGUGGUGACCGAGCCCAGCGAAGACCUUCGUCUGUUUUCCGUGUCCCUGGACGGGAGAGUUACCAAAUGGCAGGUGUCGAUGGGCCUGGUGGCCGCAGAUAUCCUGGUCUUCGAUACCCUCGAGGAGAAGAGCUACUCAGAUCGCUUUACGCUCACAGAGGACAUUCCUUUAGAAGGACACGGCACCUGCCUCGCCUUCUGCCCAAAGGACAGCAACAUCAUGCUCGUAGGAGUGGAUACGGGAGCUAUCCUGCAGUGCCACACCAGCUCCCCGACACACUCGCUCACCAGGUACCCUGCCCACCAGGCACCCGUCAGGGACCUGGCCUGGAACUCUUACCAAAACGACGUCUUCCUCUCUUGCUCAUCGGACUGGACCAUCAAAAUCUGGUUACAACUGAACAUGACCCCAAUCAUAGUCCUCGACGUGGGAGGAGCCAUAGCAGGCGUGUCGUGGGCGACCUUCAGCAGCACGGUCGUCAUCGCGGCUACUGAAGAAGGGCGCGUCCACGUCUACGACCUGUAUCUCUGUAAGGCGCCCUUAUGCACCCAGAACAUCACCAAGAAAAGGAAGAUCAGGAUGUCUUGCAUUGGAUUCAAUUCCUUCUUUCCUAUCGUGUUGGUGGGAGGGGAGAGGGGCCACCUGGUGACCUUGAAACUUUCCCCAAACCUGCGGAAGGUGCACAAAGACCCCAGAGACCUGGAGGAGGCGACGCCGAAGGAGAUAGACAAGUCUGCAAGAUAGACAGACUAAUCUCAGUCAACAGAUGAUGGCGACUGGGUUUUAUUCUCUGUGUCAUAAGUCUUCUUGGCAAUGCCGUAGUCAUAUCUCUUCAGUUUGGACUUUUGAAAAGGAUUACUUUUUCUUGUGGUAAAUGUUAUGGGCGUUUAUAUAAAAGUCUUAAGAAA